CCGCUCCUCUCCUCUCCACCAGAGGGACCCUCGGGAGGCGCCGCGCUGCCCUCCUCGGCGGGGUCAUGGAGCGGCUGGCGGCCGGGGAAGGCGAGGAGGAGGAGGAGGAGGAGGAAGGCGAGCGCUCCGUCCGGCGGUGGCGGCGGGGCCAGCCUUGCCCCUAUUUGAAUGGAGAGCCUUGCUGGUACAGUGUGAUUAACUAUGCCAGGUAUGAGAACUGGGAAGACAGCAGUGAGGAAGCGGAGGAAGACAGCGACUAUGACGAAGUUCGGAAUAGUCCUUACACCACAUUCUGCGGUUUUCGGAGGGCCUUUCUUUGCCCACCUUCUGCCCCACUCCCUCCCCAAAGCAACCAUCUGGACCUUGCUCUUUUGGGCUUGGCUUUGCCCCAGAAACCACCACUUACAGCUGAGGAGGCUGAGCGGAAUGCGAAAUUGUUGGUCGCUGAGGAGGAGCGCCUCAAGAAGAAGGCUGAGAAGAAAAGGAUGAAGAAGAAGAGACAGAAGGACCGGAAGAGGCAGGAGAAGCGGAACCUGGAGCUAAAGGCAAAGAGUGAGGCAAAUAAAUCUUCAGCUGGACAAAAUGAGGGAACUUUGACUUUGGAUGAUGAUCUCCCUGACUCAGAGGGGAGUUUCAAUGAAGCCUCCCUAGGCAGGAACCCCAGCAGGAGUAUGGAGGAGGUAGAGGCGGCAGAGGAGGAGCUGGAUUUCUCCAGCACUUUUGUCUCCAAAGCUCGCCGGAAAGUAGAUGCCCAGUCCAUGCUCCCAAAGAAGGAGAAAGGAGGAAAAAACUCCAGGGAGAGGAAGGCAGAGAAGACGCAAAAGGCAGAGAAGCCUUCAGAGCUCCAGUUGACUCCAGUGGAGCAGAGCCUGGUGUUGGCAGAUUGUGGAAAUGAAACUGCAAAGCAGGGGCUCUUUCACAAGGCCGUGUUCCUCUUUACUGAAGCUAUUAAGCUGAACCCCCAGGAAUACAGGUUCUUUGGGAACCGCUCCUUCUGCUAUGAGAAGCUGCAGAGUCACGUGGAGGCCCUGCGGGAUGCCCAGCACGCGUUGAGCCUGCAGCCGGGCUGGCCCAAAGGCCUCUUUCGCCAGGGCAAGGCGCUCCUGGGCCUCAAGCAAUACGCGGAUGCGGCAAGGACCUUUCAGCAACUCCUUCCGUUCGAUGGCUUCUGUGGUGAUGCAGCCAUCCAGCUUCAGAAGUGCCAGAUCCAGCAUUCAAUGGAGAGCCGGCUGGGCUGCUCCCACCGUGACCGGGAUGUCCUGCCUGUGGAAACGCAGCUGCCUCUGCCCGGAAAACAGCCAGGGGGGCAGCGGUGCCCAGACAGCAGUGCCCAGGCUGUUCCCACCACCCUGCUGGCACCUCCGGCUGCGAAGGCCCCAGUCAGGGAGUGGUUCGCUGUCUGGGUGGGGAACCUGGCACCCAAGAUCACCCAGCAAGUUCUGCUUCAUUAUUUUCAGCCGUUUGGACCCAUUGACUCCAUCCGGUGCCUCCCUCGCAAAUCCUGUGCCUUCGUCAACUACAGCCACAAAGAGGCCGCCGAAGCCGCCUAUGCGGCCCUGCAGGGGGCGGAAGUGGAAGGACACAAGCUCGUUCUGCAGCUGAAGCACCCCGCACAUGCCACCGUGCCCCCCUCCAAGGCGGCCCCCCGUCACUGCCUCUCCUCCUGGGCGUGAAGACUGGGCUGGGGUGAGGGCAGACAUCGAGGCUUGCACGGACAUUCUUGGGGGGCCCAGGCCUGCCUCCUGCCUGGGAGCUGUCUUCCUAGGAGGAGCCUGCUGCAGAGAGGGAAGGCUCUUGAAGGCAGCCCCAGAGGGAACCGGGGAGCAUAACCGCCCCUCCUUUCUCUGAAGCCUGCCUCGGCCCGCUCAGAUUUGGCCCCCUCCCGUAAUGAGGAGCUGCCAGUCCAGAGCGCAGGGUCCAGGCCGCAAAUUCUUGUGCUCUGGGGCGCCUUCCUCAGAGAAGACUUUUCUUGGGCCUUCAUGGAGGGGCCGCUUUGCCCAGCUGCCCGGUCCAGUCUCCCCAGCCUGCUCAGGAACUGAUGUUCGUUGCCUUAUUUUUAUAUGGUUCACAAUAAACAUAUGAAAAGACAUGGCUUUUCCCUCUUCAGGGUUGCCCUGUGGUGGAGGGUGUUGGUCCCACCAGCAAGUGCUCUGGCUGGCUGGCCCCAGGCUUGGUCAGAAGCCGGGCUCUCCCUUGUGGACUCCCUUCAGGCACCUGGUCCUUCCUCCCCUGGUGACAGGGCCCACCAUUCCCUUCCCAGACACAGUUGCUGCUCUUGCCGUGCUUGGAACUGGCUCUGCCCUCAGCCUCUCCUUUGGGCCUCUCUGGUGUGGCUUCCUCUUUCACGCAUGCCUGCUGUCCCCUGCCUCCUCCCCCCCACAUCAGCCUGGGUGGUGUCCGCCCUGCCCCCACCACCUUCCUCCUCUGUGGCUUGGCUGUAUUUUCUUGCUCUGUGUCAGUUUGACUGAGAUUCUUGGUUGCUCCUGAGUCUUCCUUGCUGGGAGCCCUCCACUCUUCCUUUCCCUGGCAGAACUAACCUCAGCCAGCCCUCCUGCCAACCUUGCUGCUUCUCCUCCUGGGAAUCUUUCUGCCCAAUGCCUGACGCUGGGCCAGGAACACUUGCUGCCCUGCUAAUCCCCUCCGGAGCUGCUGGGCCUUUGCUGAAAGAGCCGCCGCACACCGCUGCUGCCUUCCAGGGAACCAUAUGCACCCGAGCAGGCCUGAGAAGGAGCAGUCCAGCCCUCGCAGAUUCUUGGUGCUGCUGGGUGAGCAGGAGGGUCCUGCUGCUUGACCCGGCAGCAGCUGCCAUUGCUGCCGCCAGCCCCUCCUCCACGAGUCCUGCCUUUCCCACCCCCAAUUUCAUGGGUCUCUGUUUCAGGUAUCCGAAUUUCCGUUCCCAGGAUGUGGAUUUCAGGCAGCUGGGGAAGGAAGGCCAGCAUCCCAGGGAACACUGAGGCCGCCUGGGGUCUUGAGUCCCCCGAGGGAGAGCAGCAGGCCAGGGGCACGGGGUGAUGGGCCAAGCCCUGCUCUGGGGGGGGGGUCUGCCCUACAGGAGUAAAGCGGGGCUUCUCACUACGGGACAAGAGGCAGAACCAGAAGAGAAACAAACACCGUCUCUUUGGUGCUCCUCGGCCUUUCGCUGGCUGGAUCUGCGCCAAGGCCGGGAGGGAGGGAGGGAGAUUCUUGGCUGGCAAAAGUGCUCCUGACCUGUUUGGGGGUCAUUUGCCAGCCGGGGUUGCUGGGUCUCCCAGAGCUGCUUUCCCACAACUGUCGUCCCGGACUGGCUGGCGUCUCUUUCUGUCUCUUCCCUGAGCCACCUCAUCCCUUGGCCUGAAGGGGAAGAUGAGCUUUCCCCUGUUUCCUUUUGGCUUUUUAAUGAAUUUUGAAAAGUGGAUUUUGAUUGCUCUUGUAACCAUUUCAUGAGGGCUUCCCCAUUUUGGUCUAGCAAGGGAGGUUUUAAAGGCUCCAGAAUCUCUUAUCUGAUGGCCCCUCGUGAUGUGAGAUUCGGACAAGGCCAAUUCAGGCCCUGCCACUAUGCUCAGCCUGUAUAUACUCAAUUUGCCUUACUGCAUGACUGGUUUCUGAUGGCAUUUGGGGGAGGGGGUGCGUGGGAAUUGCCAAACCUAUUUCUGUGUCAGGUUCAGCUGAAAUCUGAUAGUUCUGCCUGACUUCAGGAGAUGGAAUUUUAUUUCUUUAUUAUCCCCUGGUCAUUUACAUUUUCAGCUCGAGUAUUAGCUGUAGGGUCAGUGACCUGGGAAAAUCCAGGGUUGUGGGUAGAGGUUCCUAAAGUCUAUUUUUAAAUUUUCAAUAAAUUUUAAAAUUUUUAUUUAUA